AUGGACAUGGACAGCCUCAACAGACAGAUCAAAGACUCCAAGAGGAACUCCAGGCUGGGUUUCCUGUAUGAACUAGACAAGGUUGAAGAGCUCUAUGAAGCCUACUGCCUGCAGAGAAGACUGAGAGAUGGAGCCAAUAAGAUGGUGAAGGCCUACACAGACUCUCCAGGAAGCAAGGAGGCCAGGGAGAGUUUGUCCGAAGCUAACAAAGGAUACAAGGAGUACACAGAGACCAUGUGUGUGUUGGAGAGCGAGUUCGAGAGCCACCUGGGAGAGUUCCAGAUUAAGAUGAAAGGUCUUGCUGGAUUUGCCAGAUUGUGUGCGGGUGAUCAGUAUGAGGUGACGGAGCUAAAGAGUUUAGCCAAUCACGUGGUGGUGGGAAACGUUUCCUGUGAAACCAAAGACCUGUUUGCUGCCCUGCCACAGGCGGUCGCGGUGGACAUCAACGAUCUCGGCACGAUCAAACUGAGCCUCGAAGUCACCUGGAAGUAA